UAGAUUCCUUCCCUCUCCAUUCUUCCCCCUUCCAAAAAUAGUAGUAUAUAUACCUUCCUCUUGUAAUCAACAGAGCGCCAUUUCUUGUCGAUCUUAGAAGUGUACGUAGUACAGAUGUUGCUCGCAGUCACAGACGUGAAGAAAGAAGCGCUCGACUCCACCAGCUCAACAACACGUCAAAGCAGCGAUAAAUCCGGCGAGCUCGAGCGAGUCUUCCGAUAUUUCGACGAGAAUGGCGACGGCAAGAUCUCGCCGGCUGAGCUGCAGAAUUGCCUGCGGGCGGCUGGCGAGGAGCUGUCGGCCGAGGAUGCCGAGGCUGUCGUGGAGUCCAUCGACUCCGAUGGCGAUGGGCUGCUGGGGUUGGAGGAUUUUUUGAAGCUGGUGGACGCCGAGGAGGAGGAGGAGAAGGCGAGGAAUAUAAGGGAUGCAUUCAGGAUGUACGAGAUGGAGGGCCAGGGAUGCAUCACGCCGAACAGCCUGCGAAGGAUGCUCAAAAGGCUCGGCGAGUCGAGGAGCACCGAUGAGUGCAGGGCGAUGAUUCGGCGGUUUGAUCUCAAUGGUGAUGGUGUGAUCAGCUUCGAUGAGUUCGAAGUCAUGAUGGUGUGAUCAUCUUCGAUGAGUUCGAAGUCAUGAUGCUAGAGGCAAAGUUUGUACAUAUUUGUUCAUGGGCAGGAUAUAGUAAAUUUGAAAUUUGUAUACCAAUUCUUUCUCUCGAUCAUUAAUCUUCCGGUGCUUGUUAUGAUCAUCGAGGAUGUCACUGUUUCGUGUGUGUGUGUGUGUGUAUAUAUAAGCUAAAGCAGGUCGUAGAUUUUGAAUCCGAAUUGGAGCACAAAGUCCUUUGAUAUGGGAUUUCAAUUACACGGUGGGAAUUCGGCAUAAGCCGGAUGUUGCAUCCCACUCCAUCUGGGGAGGCUUCAGAACCUAGAAAUUUUCUCAUAGAUAAUUGGGAUCAGCAUGUUUAAACUCGAUGGCACAGAAAAGCUCAAGGAAGCCAAACUCUUCUCUCUUAUUUUUUUUUCCCCCUUCAUUUCCCUUGAAUAAAUAACGCCGUGGGAGCCGGACUGAUGUACGUACCGUACCAAUAUUAGGCAUGGGGUGCACCGGUUGGACACCAAUACGUCAUCGAGCACCAGAUUGCAAACUUGAAGAGGCCAUCAUGUGAUUUGUUUAUGGGAAAAAAUGGCAGUCAAGUUCAGACAUUUUAUUUUUAAACAUUUAUAUCCCAUUAAGGGUAACCACAAUUGUUUGACUGGUAGCAUGAUCCUGAUAAAGUUAUCUGAACCAAACAUGUUCAAGGCAAUAUAAA